AUGUCUGUCGGUUCUCCUCUGCUCCAAAUCGAGUCGUCUGACUCGGACGAAGACGUCGUUCCUCCAACCCAGCCCAAGAGGAGCGUCAGGUCGAUCCAGGCCAAGUCCGACUGGGCCCGUUUCUCCGCUGUCGAUAUCGCGGCGGCGUUGACGGAGGCGGGGAUUCCCUUCGACGCCGGCCUGCGGAAGGGUGACCUCGUGCUUCUCGCACACAAUGCCAUCGGCAGUCCCGCUGUCCCCGUUGCGGCUGGUCCGUCGGGUCCCGCUCCUGCUCCCGCCGCUGAACCCGCGGCCGACCCGGAGGAGCCUGAGCGGCCUCCGAGGAAACGCCGUGCCAAGGCCAGACACGUCGCCCCGGCGCCGCGUGGGCGGCCACCUGCCGCUCGGCCCCCGGCCACUCCAGCCCCGGCUACCCCUGCCCUGGUCGCUCCGGCCACGCCUCAGCCCAUCCUGGAUGCUGUUCUCUCCCUCGCUGCUUCGGUGAGGGCCAUCGAUUCCAGGAUUCAGGCGCUGGAGACCCGGCGCCCGGCCCCUUCGUCGUCCUCGCCUCCCACGGCGCCUCCGGCUCUCGCCUCUCUCCAGUGGCCGGCCUCCCUCCCGGCCCCGAGCUGCAGCGCAGCUAUUCCGCCUGCAGCGUCUGCCGCUGUUUCCCUCGGCGCUCCGGCCGUGCCUGUCUUCAGCCUGGCAUCGGCUAUCCCUGCUCCUCCGCUGGGUAGGGGCUUCGUUGCUCCCUCCGCGGUCUCAAUCUCUCCGCAACUCCGGCAGAACAUCAUUCAAGACUGGUCCGUCGUCGACACGGAGCUGCUGGUGAGGCACUUCAGCGGUCAGCGAUCGCUCAGCUGCAAUAUUUGUAGCUCCCACGGCCACUCGGCCAGUCUGUGUCCUCAGACAGUCUUCAGCGCACCUUCCGUUCCGGCCACUGCCCGGGGCGACGGCCCAGUGCAAGGACCCUCAUCCAAAGUCCGUCUGCCCCCGUCGCGUAAGGCCUCCGCGGGGAGGAAAGGUGGUUUCUGCAAAGAAAUUCUAGCGUCUCCCCCGUCCACGCCUAUUAAUGUAUCCGUUUUGUCAUAUUAUCUCUCUGCCCAUCCUGACUCUGUGUUUGUUGAUUUUUUGCUCACUGGUCUCUCUCAGGGGUUUAGGGUUGGUGUCCUGUCCCCCGUCUCUGACUCGUACGUGGCUAGGAACCUGCAAUCUGCCCUGGCCGAACCUUCUGUCGUGUCCGAACUCCUGUCCAAGGAACUUAAUAAAGGCCCUUUCUCUGUCCCUCCUUUCUGCCCCUUCCGCGUUAAUUCCCUCGGCGUGGCCACUCGGAAGUACUCCGGUAAGAAAAGGCUGAUUUUUGACAUGUCCUCGCCUCACUCCGACAUCUGGUCCAGCGUUAAUGAAAUGAUUCCCCUCGAUUCCCCGUUUUCACUCCACUACGCUUCCGUCGACAAUGCCAUUUGCCUUAUUAAAAUCGCCGGCAGGGGCGCUCUCCUGGCUAAGGCCGACAUCACAGACGCGUUCAAGGUUAUGCCGAUUCAUCCCGCUGAUUGGCCGUUGUUCUGCGUUAAGUGGCAGUCCAACUUUUAUUUCGCCGUGCGGCUCACGUUCGGCUGCAGGAGUAGUCCCCACAUUUUCAAUUGUCUGUCGGAAGCGCUGUGCAGGAUUUUGCUCAACGUCUGCCGCCUCCCGUUCGUCCUCCACCUCCUGGACGAUUUCCUGCUAAUUGAUUUCCCCGCGGGGUCUAGUUCAGGUCUGGACGUCCUUCGCGCUGUAUUCUUGGAGCUCGGUGUCCCUCUGUCGGCGGAGAAGACCCUGGGCCCCGUUCACUCUCUCGAAUUUCUGGGCAUUAUCCUCGACUCGGUUGCAAUGCGGGCCUCUCUCCCGGGGGAAAAAUUAGCUAGGAUUCGCGAAGUGUCCGCCUCAUUUCUCUCCGUGGGCACGGUGGCCAAGCGAGACCUUCUCUCUCUCUUGGGUCAUCUCAAUUUUGCCAUGCGCAUCAUUCCGCAGGGUCGCUCCUUUAUUUCUCGCCUGUUAAUUCUGGCCCACUCCGUUGUCAAUUUAUCCGACCCCGUCGUGCUCGACCUGGGUUGUCAGUCGGAUCUUGGUUUCUGGUCUAAAUUGCUUGCUGAAUGGAACAGCAUCUCAUUUUUCUAUAAUGAUCACUCUGAUUCGUCUGUCUCUCUUGAGCUGUUCACGGAUGCCGCUCCGUCUCUCGGUUUUGGGGGAUUGUAUAAAGACGCGUGGUUCGCAGAAAGAUGGUCGGACGAAUUUAUGGCAUUCGCCUCCGAUGCUGCCUCGUCCGCCCUCUUCGAGCUGUAUCCCAUCGUGGUAGCCUGCGUACUCUGGGGUACCCACUGGUCAAGAAAGCGCAUCACUUUCUUCUGUGACAACGAGGCAGUAGUGGCCAUCGUAAACAAAGGUCGCUCUCGCUGCCCUAAAAUAAUGUCCCUUUUAAGGAGGCUCACCUGGCACUCUGUUAUACACAAUUUCAUCGCAAAUGCCAUUCAUGUCCCCGGAUAUUUUAACGUUCAAGCUGACGCCCUCUCUCGUCUCCGUUUGCAGGAAUUCCACCGGCUCUGCCCUUCAGCCAACAAAGUGUCCACACCGUGUCCUCGUUUCGCCGAGCUGAUCCUGGAUUAAAUC